GCAAUGAGAGUGAAUGUGAAUGAGAUUGAGCAGAGAAGUUAAAUAGCAUAUCGAGAGUGAUGGAGGCAUGGAAGAAGAAGGUUUUGAUUGUGGUGAUGAUGGUGUUGGGCAUGGUGAUGAUCGAAGUGAAUGCGCAAUCGUUUUGCCACAUGCCGAAAGAUGGGUUGAAGGCAUGCAUGGCGAGUGUGAGUGGGGACAACCCUGUCGAUCCAAACUCUGAUUGUUGCUCAGCCAUUGCAAAGGCUGAUCUUCAGUGCUUCUGUCGCUACAAGGAUUCGGGAUUGCUCUCUCUCUAUGGCGUUGAUCCCAACAAAUGCAUGCAACUCCCUGUUAAGUGCAAGGUUGUCGACUCCUUCCACUGCUAGACCAUUUCUUAUCUGCUCUUUAAUUAUGUUUUUUAUGCUUUCUAAUGUUAUGUUUGUUUGCUGUUCAUGUUGUUGUAAUGAUGCCAUUUGCUUCUUUCGCUACUAGUUCCUACUUUCUGUG